UUAUGUAGGUUCUGUAACAAGGUUAUGAACUUGUAUACAUUUUUUGCGAGCGUCAGAAUAGACCGUUUAUUUUAAAUCAUCAGUUUAUCUUUUACACAAUAUAAUUAAGUGCGAAAUAGUUUUAGCAAUUAAACAUGUCUCACGGGCAAAAAUUGGUUGAAAGACCAAAAGUUCGAUUUAGCCAACCUUCGGUGAAUUCAUCUCCAAAUUCUGAAAUAUGUACAGAAAAUCCUGAUCAAGCAAUUGCACAAUCAAAAUCUAAUAAACCUCAAGUGAAAAGCGUUAUCAGCUUGAAAGAUCCUUUCAAAGUAACAUAUAAGAAUGGAAAUAUUUCAUGCUUGUCAAAAGGGAAUAUUGAUAAUGUGAGUGAAGAAUAUCCAUCUAAAUCGACCUGCAACUCUCGGUCAUCAAUGAAUACUGAAAUUCAAAGAUCAUGCUCGUCAGGCUUGUGCAAUACUAAAUUACAAACCUUGAGCAAGCCUGACUCAUUUGAUGUUCAAGGUUUGGCCAAGAGCCAACAAUCAAUGUCUUCCACAAAUAAUUUUGGAAAAGGUUAUUCGAAUAUAGCUUCAAAGAGUACAGAAUGCUGUGCCACGAAUAUGCCUUUACCUUCUACAAGCAGCUUAAAAGGCAUUCAAUCAAAUAGAAAAGUAAAUGUUCAUCAAAGUAAAUCUGCAAGUUGCUUGAUUUCUAAACACGCCGUUUGCAGCACAGAGCUGAAAAAUACAUCGAAAGUAAAGGCCGAAACAAUUGCAAAGCCAUCAAUCAGCACACCUGGAACUGAGUCUAAAUGCGCGACUGCUAAAGCUGUGCCUUGUACUGGAAAGAAGAUUGUAAAGAAAUCUGUUCCCAUAUCUGAUGAAAAUAUUAACUCAACUAAGAAUGUAACUUGCAAAGGUACCGCAUCAAAAGCAAGUCGUCAAAAAGAAAAAACCCCUAGCAAGGUUGUACCUUGUUCAGGUCGUACCAUAAAUAUGAAAAAGAAUACCUCCUGUGGAUUAAAAAUUUCCAAACCUGGUACUAAGAUAUGGAAAGCUCACUCAAGGAGUAGCCCAGUUAAAAAAACAAUACUGCGUGAUGUCACUGGGCGUACGACGAAUGUUUAUGUCGGUCCAGGUGUCGUUAGGUACUACCCACAACCAUUUAAGCAUAACGUAGAGAAGGAAAUGCCGCAUAUUAGGACAGAUAUUGUGUCUGGAGAACAAUUCGGCAGACCAGAGUAUAAUUCGAUUAUGUGUACAAUUGAGGAGCUGAAGAAAGCUCAGGCAGAAAAAUUUGUCACUGAUGUUGAGCACUUGCCACUAGUUUACCGGAACUUGGUAAACCAGAAGGUUUCGGCAGCUUUAGACUUUCCCAUAGAUGAGGCGAUUUACAAGAAUCUUGUCGACCUUUCUGUCAAUGAGAAUCAAUUGCCAUCCAGACUAAUUCGCAGCAAAGACCCAGAGCCUCGGAAUAGAGAUAUAGUUCCUAAACUAUCAGAUUUUUUUACACCAAACUACUCGGAGGAAUACUGUAUUGCUGUUCAGAUAAGACCCAGUAGCCCAGAGAUUUCACGUAAUUGGAGUGCAUUUGCAAUAAGUGAUAAAAUAUUUGGUUGGAAGCAUGACAUGGACCAGUACUAUUAACAAAAUAUAGCAAUAGAUUUAUUUUUAUUAAACAAGGAUUUGCGUUUAAUUUUCACUGAUUUUCUGGUAUACUUUGGACACACACAUAAAUUACAGAAUAUUUACGACACAUGUAUAUUAAAAGAAUUUUAGAUAUUGCUAUUACUGUUAGGGUAGGAUGACGAAGCAUACACUUCAAAUGCUGAUUUCUCUCUUUUAAUCGGUAUAUACAAUAUCUGAUUGAAUAUAAAGAUUUUU